CGUACAUGUACGCACGCCUUCCAAGGUUCUAAUUACCUUAGAUCGAUCGUACCUCGGAGACAAAAACACCGGCAAAUAUCAGAGCACGACGUUGGCGUAAUCGAAGACAUACAUAUAGUCUCUGAUCAGCCUGUAAGCAUCUCGACCGUUCUCUCAUGGCUUCUUGCUUCAAAGUAGUUCGCCGACUCUUCCAACCAGUAUCCGCCAGAGUUCAACCCAACACCGUUAGAUUCACUCGAAAUCCCAUCAAGACGCAAAUGGCGACUAUCACGACCCCACCUCCCGGCAAGUUCGAGUGGCUUGUCGUCAUCCCCGAUAAGCCGGGGACCCAGCAGAAGAGGAUUGAUGUGCGCGCUCAGCACUUUGCCGGCCUAAAGCCAUACGUCGAAUCUCAGCAGUUUAAGACAGGAGGUGCCGUCCUGAAAGAUAAACCCGAAAGCGAUGACCCCUCUACCUGGGACUGGUACGGCAGCACAAUAGUGGUUGUUGCCGAAUCCAAGGAAGAAGUCAAGGCUAUCAUCGAGAAAGAUAUUUAUACCAAAUCUGGAGUUUGGGAUACUGAAAAUGCCCUCAUCUUAGCGGCCAAGUUUGCAUUCAGAUACCCCUGAUUGCCGUAAUAAGCCCCGAUGGGACGAUGAUUGGAUCUUACGAAUAAUUACUAGGUAGACUAGAUGUUCCCUGUAAAGGGUAUUGAUCUUGAUAUAUUCGAUCCAUAUCAAUAGCUUACAC